GUAUGAUGGUGUCGCCAACAAUGGGACAACGGCGACCGUCAGCGGUAGACAGUCUACUUUUUUCCGUGUGUAAUUUUUAACUGGAAACGUGAUGAGUUUAGUUUUGCACGUAACGUUUCCCUCGACAGUUACACCGGAUGGGACCGGACUGAAGCCUGUGGAUGUAGCCUAGCAGCCUGCUAGCCAACCACCGAGAAAGGUAGCCAUUGUUUGAGUUGUUGGCUAACAUGGCAACGAAAGCUAAUGUUAGCAGCGUUGGCUAGACGGGCUUCUCUACUGUAUUUUUUGCAGAAGAUACCGCAGUGGUCAUCCUGCAGGAUGUGUGACGGUCGCAAGGCCAGUGAGCAGUGCCUGUCCCUUUCUCCCUCAUCUUGGGCCACCCCUCCCAUUUCACGAUCUCCCUGAAGCUUCUCUCCCAACCUGCCAAGAUGACAGACAGGAAGGAGCCACCCUUCUUUAAUGACGACAGUGUGGGAGCUUUUCAUUAUAAGAUCCCUUUCUAUGACACUAUGGAGCUCUUCAUAGAGACCCUGACAGGGACCUGUUUUGAGCUGCGCGUGUUGCCCUUUGAGGCUGUCAUUUCAGUCAAGGCAAAGAUCCAGAGGCUGGAAGGUAUACCUGUUGCCCAGCAACAUCUUAUCUGGAACAAUCUGGAGCUGGACGAUGAACAUUGUCUACAUGACUAUGGCAUUGCAGAGGGCUGCACUUUGAAACUGGUCUUAGCUAUGAGGGGAGGGCCAAUUAACACCAGGAGAGUAACCAUGGAGGAUCCUAUCAAAGAGGUGGCUGACCUGAUGGAGAGCACAAAGGAGGAGGGUUGGGAGAAAGGCGUGCCCAACAAGCAGGUCACAUUUGUGGUCUAUCGUGAGGGUGACCAGCUAAACCUAUUCCGAGUGGUCGACAGGGGAGAUGGCACCCUGACUCCUCUAUCUGAAUCUCUGAGUGGUGGCUCAGUGUACAAUGUGUACGCAGAGGAGGAGGAGGAUGGAGAGAGUUCUGCAGCUGCACAGCAGAGCCUUGAGAACUCCAUCACCAUGACCAAAAUGAAGCUGCUCAAAGCCAAGAUGGAGGACAUGAACCUCAACAAGAAACCGAAGAAGGCAGCAAAGGUAAAACCACGGCCACCUGUCAACCCACAUCCCUGCGUUGGCUCACAAGGACCUUCCAGCACACGACACCAUCAUCGCCUCUUUCGUUCUUUCCCUCAGAUCACCCAGCCUCGGCAGUCAAAUGCACAACUACCUCCUAUCGCCGACCAUGAAACCACAGACCCCUCCCCGCCCUCUGCUGCUGCAACCUCUGCUAACUUGUCCAUCCCUAGACGACCACCUCCCUCUUUCUCCUCACCUUCUUGUUAUAUGCUUCAGGAGGAGGAGCAAUGGGAGACAUGCCCACCAUUUGCAAAAAUACGGCCCCCUCCCAAAGUUUCCCGGUUGGACAUAGGCACCACUAGGUUGAUGAGGGACUGUGUGUACCCUCAGCUCCCUCCACUGUGUACCAGGGGGCCACCUGAAGCUACCUUUGACCCAGCUGAGCCUGCAGGGGAUGCAGUUGGGCUGGGUUUGUUAGAGGAGGCUACUGGGCUGGUGGCACCGACACAACCUGGAGCUCCGUUUGGGGAUUUGUCAGACCCUCUGAGUCUGGAUGUGUCCACCCAGUCAGAGGGAGGUUGUCGGUCCCUUGAGGUUGGGGCUCAGCACCAGUUGCCCCUCUCCCCUUCCCCACUUAGUACCUGGACACUUGGGACAAGUGAUACUCUCACCAGCAAAGCUGACAGGACACAGCUUGGCACAUCUUUUCAUAUCAGCCCUUGCUCCCCAUUACCUGCCUCCACGUCACCAUCCACUUCUACCAGACCGCUGCCUCAGCCUUUUGAUUCCACUCUCUGCUGUUUACAGCCCAACCUUCAAGCACAAUCCUCUGCACAAGUAAAGCCAGGCAACACAUCCUCUCACCCCUCCACCUCCUCAUCAAUUCCUCUGCCACGCCUUCGAGGUGUUAAAGUGGAGUCACCUGGCAAGAGGCCAGAGCUUAUCUCAAAGAGGGAAGCAAGAGGCAUCACUAAGUUGGCCAACCAAACCUGUAAGGAGCCACUUGGGCCUCUGAACAAGUCUGACCUAUUGGCUUCUCUCUCCACAAGAGCUCCAGACAGCAGCAGCACCAGGGACAGCCUUGGAGAGAGUCUUGGACUUGCACUGGCAUGGCCUCCUGCCACUGCCUCAGGACAGGGCAGCCAUGGCUCCAGGCUGCCAUCCAUCCCAACUAACAGGCUUCUUCAGGAUGAUCUCAUAAGACAAAUGUCACCGUUGCACCGAGCAGCAGCCUCUUACAUGGCCACCAACACUCUUGCGUCAGCUGGAGGAGUCAUGACCUCAUUUGGGAGAAUAGGCACUCCAAAUUACCACCUACCUCCAGUCAAGGCUCCCACAGGCAGCAAGAAGAAGGGCUCAAAGCACUGCUUUCUCUGUGGCAAGAAGACUGGCCUGGCCACCAGCUACGAGUGCAGGUGUGGUCACAACUUCUGUGCCACCCACCGCUACGCAGAGACACAUGACUGCACUUACGACUACAAGAGUGCCGGACGGCGAUUUCUGCAAGAGACCAACCCUCUUAUCAGUGCUCCCAAGCUGCCUAAGAUAUAGACCCCACCUGUCAUGAGGGGCGACCUGAAGAACCCACAGGUUAAAGUGACUGAACCGAAGAGAUUUUGCAGAGUCGUUUCUAGCAAAAAGAAGGCACCUAUUCACCACUGUGUGCUUUUUUUUAGCAGCCAAGUUUGCUUAAAAUUUAAAUAAAAUAAUCUGUAAGGCCAAGUGUGAACAAACAAGAGUAGACUGAAAUGGCACAGAACUAAUUAUCACCUCUUGACAAUGUGAAAAAGUUUAUCCUUUUUAUCUGUUACCCUGUUACCUUUUUCCAUUGCUUAAAAAAAAAAAACAAAAACAAAAAAAAAACCUGUGCAUGUAUGUAGGUAGUUUUUGUUAUAAAUAUAUCUGCUGCACGUUCAGACAUAUCUGUUUUUAGUUUUGUAAGCCUUUUUUAAAAAAAAUAGGACCACUGAUGACUUUUCAUUCGACAAGUCUUUGACAGAUGCACUUUAGAACUAUCAUAUUUAUACAUUUGACUUUCCUUAUUGUGAGGGGGAAGGAUACUUACAUUUCUGUGUUUGUCUUAUGAAGUGUUUAUGUUGUUGUCAUCAAGAUUUUUAUAUUCUGCCCCGCUAAACGUCUUUCUUACACAGGCACAUACAUACCAACAUAACUAAAGAAAUCUUUCUUAAAAGAGAACAAUACACCCACUUACUGAUGAAAUACUUAAUAUUUAUUAAUACUACUUAUUUAAAUUCAAGGUUGGUUUUAAAAUAGCAAGUAUGCAAUGUGUGUAGGUGUGAAUGUCAGUUGUAAUUCAUAUGCCUAUCAAGUAAAUGUAUUAGGAUUGGGGGGCGUGGUUAUGGUAUUUAUGAUGUGUCUACAGUACGGUGGUUGCCAUAAAAAAUCUUUUGUAAGUCUUUUUUUAUUGCUCAGCUGUUGCAAAAACUUUAAAUGCUGUUAAAGUAUCUACAGGGGUUUGAUCUAAUAAAGUUUCUUCUAAGCGUUUAGAUCCCACA